CGAACGACCAUACACCAACUCAAGAGCACUACCCACAAAUGUCCGACAUUACCCUGGAACAGAAGUGCAAGCUCGCAUCCACUCUUGUCGAGCAGACACCCCCAGGAGAGAUCAACGAUGUGAUCAAUGAUAUCCGAGCCAUCAUUGCCGACGACGAGGCCCUUAUGCCGCAUGUCCUUCCUGCUUUGAGGGCAUACAACCUCAAGCAGCUCCAUGUUGUUGAGCACCCAGAGGAAGAAGGGUUGCCUGCUCAUACUUCACUGUUGUCGGAAGCAUCUAUCGUCCCCGGCGCUGAGACCGAGCGAUAUAUCGACGCUGCUGGCAAGAGGAGCUUUGCAUUCGAUCAUCUUACAUUUACUGUGUCAGACUAUCAGCCGUAUCAGCUUCCAGACGACGAAGAGCAGUUCCGGUGAGCAACCCAGAGGAAGGCCGAUGGACAAGGUUGAUCAGUUCUCUAGCGCCGAGCUGGCCAGAUCUCUUACAUCCUAUACCAAGAACCACUUCCCCUCCGGCUACGCCUCCGUCUCUUGCUCUCAAAUCCCCCUCAACCCGGAGCCCCAACCAUCAGAGCCUACACCAGCCGCUGCUGUCCCCGUCGAAUCGCCCAAGGAGUCUAGCGAGCCAGUCGUCAAAGCCACUGAGCCUUCCGAGAUUCCUGAAAUUACACCACCUGCCGACGAAGCCAGUGCCACCGUCCCUCCAGUGACCGACGUCGUGCCAGAACAAAUCAACGCCGGUGACUUGGAGCCUGCUCCCACACCCGCUGUCGGCGACGUGGCUGAUGUAAAGAAGGAAGAGCUUGUAGAGCCUGAAAACUUGGAGAAGAUUGAUGAGAUUGUCGAGGAGGAGAAGGAGAAGGAGGAAGGCCUUGGAGAAGCUGGAGAGUCGGCUGAGGAAAGACCAAAGGUGGAGGGAGAUGAGGUCCCUGCUGCCGAGGAGGCGAGUCCUGUGGUUGAGGAACAAGGUCCCGCUGUGGCCGAGGAGAGUGCUGUGGCCCCAGAGGAGACGCCGGUCAAAGACGUCGAGGAGAAGCUCGGCUCGUUGAGCGUUGAGGAGAAGAAGCAGGAGCGCGUUAAGAACCCGGUGUACACCCUGGAAGUGGUCGGCAACCGAUACAACCCUAGCAACUUUUGGACUGGGCGCUGGAGAACACGCUGGACCGUAGACCAAGCUGCUGGCCAAGUCAACGGACUCAUCAACGUCGAUGUCCAUUACUACGAACAAGGCAAUGUCCAGCUCGCGACCAACCACACCGCCUCUUUCCCUUACCCCGCCGAGCCCAAGGGAACUCAGUCGGUGGCUUCGCAGAUUGUGACAAGCAUUAGCAAGAUCGAGACGCUUUAUCAUUUGGAGCUCAAUGAUGUUUAUGCCGAGCUGGGUGACAAGGCCUUUAGAGCGUGAGUGGGCUGUAGAGAUGUACCUGAUGGGGUUUACUGAUUUUGGACAGGUUGAGGAGGGCUCUCCCGGUGACCAGGCAGAAGAUGGACUGGGACAAGGUGACGGGUUACACACUCGGUGCCGACCUGACCAAGGCUCGAGGAUAAGCGUCUUGUGUUCAUUGUAUACAACAGCUACUACGAACUGCGAUGAAGAAAUGUAUACCCUCUGCGACGUCUUGACAAGAUUGCACCAUAUGCUUUACAAUACAGGAAUGUAGGUUUGCAGGCAG